AUAGAGACAGACGGACGACACCUUACGUUGUGUUUCCCUUUGCUCAUGGACGAGAACAAGUCUCAGGCUCUCCAUGUUACAGGAAUACUUAUUUACCGUUUACAGCGUCAAGUUGAAUUUUUAUUGUUAAACGACAAUUUCUCCCAUAAGAAACAUUGGACCGCUCCUAAGGGUAAAGUAAUUGGUCUUGAGGACGAAUUAAAAUGCGCACUCCGUAAUACAAUCGAAAUCACUGGUCUUUCCCCAAAGGAUUUAAGAAUUGAAGAUAAUUUUAGAGUUGAAAUUAAAUAUCUUUCAGAAACUCGACCAAAAAGAGUAGUAUAUUAUCUCGCUCAAGCAAUUGAUCAUGCUCGCAUAUUCACUGCUGGCGAAGGUCUCAAUUUUCAUUGGCUUCCACUUAAUAAUGCCAUUGAGAAAGCAAUCUACAGAAGUAUGCAAGAUGUCCUCAGACAAGCUGCUGCUUUCAUUGAAAAAAAUAAGCCCGCGCGAAAUUCUGAUUCGGUUCCUACUCGCACGCGUUUUGAUAAACACCAAGGCGGUCACAGCGAUAGGCUAGAGUCUCGAUUAAAGAAUUUGAAUUUAGCAUUACCAUUAGACUCGCAAAAACAAGCUAUUUCACGACAACGUCUUGAUGGUGGUAACAGUAAUGGAUAUUCACCUCUUAACUCACCCGUAAUGCACUUUGAAAAUCCUCUCUAUAAGACGCGUCUUUGCGAAAGAUUUGAGACGGAAGAGUUCUGUCCGUAUGGAACAAAAUGCACUUUUGCUCAUGGUACCGCUGAAUUGAGGGAAAGACCUCUCACUGAGGAAAAGAUCGGGAUUCCUCCCAUCAGCAAAGAUGGUCCUGAAAAUCCUCUUUAUAAAACUCGUUUGUGCGAAAGGUUCAUUAAAGAAAAUUUCUGUCAGUAUGGACCUAAAUGCAAUUUUGCUCACGGGGAACAAGAGUUACGGGAAAGACCUGACGUUCCACCUAACCCACGCGAUAACCGAGAUCGCGAUUCCGUUGAGCUUAAUUCACAACAGAGUCAACGGCACCAUCAUAGUGAGCAGCGAGCCAAUAAUUAUCAGAAAAAUCAUCAUCCAGAGUCAGGAGGAGAUUCGAUGCAUGAUAAUGCAUUUCCAGAACAACCACACGAGGAAGAAGAAUCGGAUGAAAAGGAUGAAAAGGAAACUCGCAAUAGUCAUACUUAUCAAUAUCCACGACAAUACCAACAACGCCCUUCUUACAAUAGCAUGAGUGAUUUACAUAAAAAAUCAUCUGGGAAUACUUCAUUUGCGCGAUCAGAAAUUCAGAAUGGAAUUUUCGGUCGAAUUGCUUCCCUGUCAGGACAUCAUGAUUUAUCGUCAAGCUUACAAAAUAGACGAUCCAGUAUUAAUACGCUUCAUGCGCAAUCUGAAGAAGUGGCAGAAACUGAAACUGAAACUCAUUCGGAACAACUGCAAGAAGUUCCGAAAGAUGAUGAACCGGCCGAGAGUCAAAUAUCCGCCGAUAAAAAAUCAAGUCCGGCUGAAAAUGAACAAAAAGAUCAAAAAGAGAAAAAAGAACACGGAGAAAUUGAAGGAAAGGAACAGAUUGAAACUAAAAAGUCUGAGCAGCGAGAUCCAUCUCCUCCUUCACCAGCAUAUAGUUCCAAUAAAACAUCGGUUAAUGCUAGACGACGUCCCGCUGUUCAUGAUACGGUGUCAUUAAAAGAUCUAUUGAGCGGAAAUGCUAAGCCCGAAAACGAGAAAUCUUGGAUGAAAGUAGUGGAAUUAUCGAACGAUGAAUUAGAAAAACUAGGCAAGAUUAAAAAAAAUGAAAUUCUUGGGGUACCUGCUGAUAAAAGAUCAUCCGAAGAUAUGCUUGUUGAAGAGUUGAAACGGUUUUUUGUGCAAGUCAAAGAACAAUCAAAAUCGGUGAAUGAUGAAAUCAAGGAAGUAACCCGCAUCGAAAUGAGACAUGAUUUGAGUAAACAGCAAUUGUUUAUGAUUAUCAUGCGAAGUUUAUAUGAAGAUACGAGUUUUGAUUUAGUUCAAAAAGACUUGUUGACCAGAGAAAAAUUAUUUAAAAAGGUUAUUUUCCUCGGAUGUUGGGAAAAAUUCUUUCUUCAACGUAAUACUAAUCUUAUUCCUAAAGCACCCUUGCUUUUCAAGUCAUUCUAUGACAGAGACUUGAUUGAAGAGGAUUCUAUAUUGGAAUGGUAUGAUCAAUCGCCAAAAGACAACAACGAAGUGAGGAAGAAAUGUUCGAUUUUUGUGAAGUGGUUGAGAGAAGCGGAAGAGGAGGAGUGA